UUGACGCCUCGUUUACGGUCUCUUUUAUUUAGCAGCCGGCAAAUAAAUAAAUAGUUUUAUUUUUAUGGAACCUGCUGUAAAGAAAUCCAAGAUGACGAACAAUCACAAGUUCAAGAACAACAAGAAGAAGUACUUCCAGUCGAAGAGGCAGGUGCUCCAACCUGGUCUACGUGGAUUCUUUGCCACGUGCAACAUAAACGAGAAAGCAUGUGUUCGCGAAUGCUACAAUCUGUUGAACCACUAUGCGGAUAUAGUUUAUGGACCGGAGAAUCCCGAGAAUGAGCAGGAGAAGAAGCCGGCGGAGGAGGGAGCAGCUAGGGAUGCUGGAAAACCCCCGUCAGGAACCACCAGUGAUGACGACGAUGACUUGGAGGCAGCGGCCGCCAAAUGCCGCGAGAAGGCAUCUCAGCGCAAGGUGCGUUUCCAGAAUGUGGACACCAACACCACCAAUUGCGUGUUCAUCCGGACCCAACUGGAGGAUCCCGUGACCCUGGGCAAGCACAUUGUCAACGACAUAGCCACCACCGGCAAAUCCAUGUCCCGAUUCGUCCUGCGCCUGGUGCCCAUCGAAGUCACCUGCCGCGCCAACAUGCCCGACAUCAUCGCAGCCGCCGGCCUGCUCUUCGACAAGCACUUCCUCAAGGAAGCCACCAGCUAUGGCAUCAUCUUCAACCAUCGCUACAAUCAGCAGAUCAAAAGGGAUGAGAUUAUCACCCAGCUGGCUGAAUUGGUAAACUCUAAGAAUGUGGGCAAUAAGGUGGACCUCAAGGAGGCCAAGAAAUCCAUCAUCGUGGAGGUCUUGAGGGGCUGGUGCCUGCUCAGCGUCAUUGACAACUAUCUGGAGUGCAAGAAGUUCAAUCUGGCGGAGCUGGCCAAUCCCAAAGAGAAGCAAUCCAGCGGUGAAGGCGAUUCCAAGACGGAAAAGUCUGUGGAGGAGGCUGCAGAGAAGAAGGAAACGAGUGAGGAAGAAGAUUCAAAGUCUAAGGAGUCGCUGGAGGAGGACAAGCCUGCAGAGGAUUCCAAUUCUAAGGAAGAAGAGAAGAAAGAGUCUUCAAAGGACUCGGCAAACUAA